AAAGCUCACUAAUGGGCCCUUAACCUGCAACUUAUAAGUUACACCUUAAACCUUUGAAUAAACAAAGCAAAACAAAAAAGACUCAACUUUUUCUUUCAGACUCUUUGUUCUUGCGUCAAUCACCUCUUCACUCGCCAAUUUACAAUCUUCGUCAAACAAAUAUCUGGUGAUCACAGGAAAAUAAUGAAUAUCAUGGCUGUUUCUUCACCUCAUUUGCUAAAUAUACCUGUUUCAUUAAACUAUCAAAGAAGAAAUGAAAGAUUUCAAGGUUCUAAGAAGGUUAUAACUUCAUCUGUACGAAUGAUAGCGCCUAUUCAAGUCCCUAGGUUAAGAAUUCAGGCGUUCUCGGGGCUACGAGUGAGUACCCCGUUUUUGGGAAGUUCUAGGACCUUAGGGUUUGAUGCUAAGAUGAAGGAUUCAAUGUUGGUUCAUAGAGGGAAAGCCAGGAGGAGUGUUGUUAGAGCGAUGUUUGAACGUUUUACUGAGAAAGCCAUUAAAGUUAUACUGGUUGCUCAAGAGGAAGCGAGGCGUUUAGGUCAUAAUGCUGUUGGUACUGAGCAAAUUUUUCUAGGACUUGUUGGUGAAGGGACAGGCAUUGGUGCUAAAGUUCUAAAAUCCAUGGGUAUUAACAUGAAAAAUGCACGUUUGGAAGUUGAGAAGAUCGUUGGAAGAGGUGGUGGAUUUAUUCCUGUUGAAAUUCCGUUUAGUCCUCGUGCUAAGCAUGUUUUAGAGCUGUCACUGGAAGAGGCACGUAAACUUGGUCAAAAUUAUAUUGGUUCGGAGCACUUGCUUUUGGGGUUGGUUAGUGAAGGUGAGGGUGUAGCUGCUCGUGUCCUUGAUAAUUUAGGUGUCGAAGCAAAAGAGAUCCGCAAACAGGUUCUAAGCAUGAUGGGUGAGAAAAAGGAGCCCGUCCAUCAUACUGGUGGAAAAUCAGGUGAUAGUAUGCUCACACUGGAAGAAUAUGGCACAAAUUUGACGAAGGAGGCAGAAGAGGGAAAAUUAGAUCCUGUAGUUGGAAGGCAAAAACAAAUAGAACGUGUCAUCCAAAUACUGAGUCGUCGUACAAAAAAUAACCCGUGCCUCAUUGGAGAACCAGGUGUUGGUAAAACAGCUAUCGCAGAAGGUCUGGCUCUGAAAAUUUCUCUUGGCGAUGUUCCAGAAACACUCCAGGGAAAGCAGGUUAUAACUCUUGACAUGAGUCGUCUUGUUUCUGGAACUAAAUACCGUGGAGAGUUUGAGGGUAGACUGCAAAAGAUAAUGGAAGAAGUCAAAGAAUCAAAUAACUUGAUUCUUUUUAUCGAUGAAGUGCAUACUUUGGUUGGGGCUGGGGCAGCAGAAGGGGCAAUUGAUGCUGCUAACAUCUUAAAACCAGCUCUUGCAAGGGGUGAAUUACAGUGCAUUGGGGCCACAACACUAGAUGAAUACAGACUGCAUAUUGAGAAGGACCCAGCAUUAGAGAGAAGAUUUCAACCUGUUGAAGUGCCUGAACCCACAGUAGAUGAAGCAGUGCAGAUCCUCAGAGGGCUCCGUGAGCGUUAUGAGAUUCACCACAAGCUCUCCUAUACAGAUGAAGCAUUAAUUGCAGCGGCAGAACUGUCAUCCCAGUACAUCAGUGAUAGAUUUCUUCCUGAUAAAGCUAUCGAUCUUAUUGACGAAGCUGGUUCUCGGGUGCGGUUGCGCCAUGCUGAGUUUCCUGAAGAAGUAAGAGAACUUGAGAAACAGGUCAUGCAGAUUGUGAACGAGAAAGAUAGUGCAGUCCGCAGCCAAGAUUUUGAGAAGGCUGCUGAUUUGCGUGAUAGAGAAGUAGAGCUGAAGGUAGAAAUAUCAGCACUGAUAAGCCAAAACAAAGAACUGAAAGAGGCAGACAUGGACAAUGUUGGACCAGUUGUGACAGACGCGGAGAUUAGGGAAAUAGUAUUCUCUUGGACAGGCAUACCAGUUCAGAAAAUCUCAAGUGACGAAUCAAAGCGGCUUCUGAAGAUGGAAGAUAACCUCCAUGGUCGUGUAAUAGGUCAAGAUGAAGCUGUGAAAGCCAUAAGCCGUGCUAUUCGUCGUUCUCGUGUUGGUCUAAAAGAUCCUGACCGUCCAAUUGCAAGCUUCAUCUUCUCAGGUCCAACUGGUGUUGGAAAGUCAGAACUUGCAAAAGCUUUAGCUGCUUACUAUUUUGGUUCAGAAGAAUCUAUGGUCCGCCUUGAUAUGAGUGAGUUCAUGGAGAGACAUACGGUUUCAAAAUUAAUUGGUUCACCCCCAGGUUACGUGGGUUACUCUGAGGGUGGUCAGCUUACUGAGGCUGUGAGGCGUCGUCCUUAUACUUUGGUUCUCUUUGAUGAAAUCGAAAAGGCUCAUCCUGAUGUUUUUAACAUGAUGCUUCAGAUUCUUGAAGAUGGAAGGUUAACUGACAGCAAGGGUAGAACUGUAAAUUUCAAGAACACCCUUAUGAUUAUGACCUCAAAUAUUGGAAGCAGUGUGAUUGAGAAAGGUGGGCGCAGUAUAGGAUUCGACCUGACUUAUGAUGAUCAGGAUAGUAGUUAUAACAGGAUAAAGAAUCUGGUGAUCGAGGAGCUUAAGCAAUACUUUAAGCCGGAAUUUUUGAACAGGUUAGAUGAUAUGAUUGUGUUCAGACAGCUUACAAAGUUAGAAGUAAAGGAGAUUGCAGAUAUUAUGUUGAAGGAAGUCUCAAAGCGGCUUCAAACUAAAGGCAUUGGUAUUCAAGUAACAGAGAGAUUCAAAGAUAGAAUAGUGGAAGAUGGAUAUAAUCCUAGUUAUGGAGCAAGGCCGUUGAGACGAGCUAUUAUGAGUCUGUUGGAGGAUAGCAUGGCCGAGAAGAUGCUCGCCAGUGAAAUCCAAGAAGGUGAUUCAGUUAUUCUGGAUGUUGAUUCUGAUGGAAACGUUGUGGUGCUCAAUAGCAGCAGUAACAGUAGCAGUAGUAGCAGUUCUGACUUGUUUCCUGAGUUGCUUCCUAUGUGAAGUUUAGAUCAAGUGAAGAAUAGGAAACUUUGAUUUUCUCUCAUUAUGUUAUUCUUUUAUUCAUAGGUAACAAUUUAUUGUUGAUGCUAAUAAUAAUAAUAAUUUAUCUCA